AAAAACGGAAUCCAUCAGCAACAGCAACAGGAGCACUUUUGAUUGCCGCAACAGCAACAKCAUCCUUAUAAAUCUAAUACGCAAUAAUUUACAAUGGCAGGAAGAAUACGGAGAAAGCCUCGUGACAAGAGAGAGAGGCCGAUGGUUCGAAGUGUAAUUUUCUGGACGUUGCUCGGCAUCCUGAGCUGGCGGAACAAAGGCAAGAACAACGUCAAAGCCAAYGGAAUCAUUCGGUGGUCGCUCUUGUCAUCAGCGACACCAUUCGGUCUCGCAAUGGUAGAUGGGUAUUUGGUGCCAUCGUUAACAACACAUCGCCACAGGCAUGGUCAGUGGGGAAGCCGCCGCCGCUCGUUUCACUCCAUUACAAGAAGAACCACCACGAAAACGACAAGGACGAGGGAACCCUGGGGGAGACGAGAAAGAUUCACGAUACACGACAAUCAUCGCACAAGAAUAGCAGUUCUCUCCGGUGGCAGCAACGCUGAAAUCACUGACGAUGCGAUUGACGACCGACCGGUGAUUGAAGUUCUGCGGUCCUACGUCAAAAACAUACAACGGGCUCGAAAUUCCAAGGGUGGGAACAAAGCGGCUAGUUCUCUUGCACAUUUUCUCCAGAACAAUGUUGUCGAUAGCAAACAUACUCAAAUUCAUACCACGUCCAUCGAGGUUCGAUUCGAUGGCUUCGAUGAAAAGGUUCCGCCCAUCGACGACGAUUCAAACAACGACGACACAGCAACCACGGGGUACAUUUGUUCUGUGCGGGAAGUACUGGAACGGGCUUUGGUCCCGGCACUACGCCAGGCGGGGGAAUCCAACGACUACCGAUUGGUCCUCCGGCUUGUUUCCGGGAGCAUCGCCUUUGCUAACGACCAGCCGGUGCUCACCACCAGGAUUUUUGGGGAGGCCCUGAACGCCCUGUCRCAGACCACUGCGAAUGCCACCAAGCUCAAAUCGGUGUGGAAUAGCAUGUUCGGCAAYCACAAGGACAAACCGUUCACAGAAGCCUCGAAGCUGCCCUUGUUUUUGGCAAGUCCGCCAACGGCGUUUGAACUCAAUACAUACCUCAAGUCCAUGGCAGCUCUGGGCAAGUCCAGGGCAUGCAUAGACACAUAUCACCAAUAUUGCACGCCACACCGGCAAAAAUCAUCUGCCGCGAUUGUAUCAAUCCARCCCGAUGCGUAUACGYUAAGCAUACUGCUGUCUGUUCUUGCCGAUUCGGUAUCACCGAGUCAAAAGAUGUGCGAUCCCGUUGACUUUGCCUCGGGAAUGAAAUACAGAGAUACAACACCAGAAGCUGCUGCGGUAGCACGAAMCACACCGAAAUCACUCAGGACGAAGAUAGAAUCGCUGACAUUUUCGACGUGCUGGCAAUGGAACGCAGCCGUAGAGUUGCUUCGCACCCUCCCCGAGGACGAACCUGCCAACAAUUCGAGGGGACGAAACAUACAAUGGAGGAACAAUUACGUAUACAGCUCGCUCUUGAAGCUCCAAGACAAGGCUCAGGACCUGUGCAGCGGCCAGAACAACUCAGCAAGGCGCCACAAAAACGGACCAGAGCUCACAAUGGCUAUUCUGGACGACAUGAUUCAACACGAUGUCUUCCCCGAUGCGGUGACGUGCACUCUGGCCAUCAAGGCGAUGGGGCGMGCGACUGCCACGACGAGUACCGURCCAUCGACGGRAUCGAUUACGGUAGCGUACGAUGAGAAAGAAAACCGCAGCAGCAACCUAGCGGUUCGUUUCCUAGAUCAAAUGAAAUCGAACCCAAAACUCCCACAUCCGAAUCAGUAUUCGUACUCGGCUGCUAUCAAGGCAUGCGCCCGAGAGAAAGAUCACAAGACCGCCCUCAACUUGUUGGAAGAAAUGAGAAGAGAUUAUUGCACCGAAACCGCUGUAAACGACGYCGAUACURCAUCGAGAGACAAUGAUACCAGAGACAUUCAGAUUACCCCUCCACCAAACACAUGGGUGUAUAAUACCGCUCUUCUGUCCCUUGACAACAAAGAAAAUAGCAACUCCCAACCRAUUAUGGGRAAAUGGACGAACAAGCAGAUGAAGAAAAAGUGGGACCAAAAGAAUACGGAAAUGAAHCAAAACAAGAGAACAGAGGUUGCGCUCUCGCUCCUAAAUCAGAUGAAGAACGAUCAUGAGUAUCACGGUCUGGACACAAAACCGGACACAAUUACCUACAAUACUGUAUUGGGUAUUGGGACCUUUCCCUACAAAUCUUCGUUGRACCUUACSGAACCCACSACAACAAGCGCAUURUCAAUAAUCGAUCAAAUGAAAAAAGACGGCAUAGCUCGCGAUAGCAUAACGUACCGCAACGCAAUCGAUUUCACCCUCCAGGCGAACGAGAUUAUGGAGAUUUUGMACGAAUGUCUCCGCGACUCCGCYAUGAGAAAUCGAAAAUCAAAAGGUGCUGACGAGAAUCCAAUGACGGAGGUAUUCAAUGUCGGGCUGCACAGCCUAACAGCGAGGGGAGAUUUCGAAGCAUUCAAACAUGCCCUAAUGCUGAUGUUUGAGAAUAAUGUCGAGAUGACAAGCGAAACRUUUACCGCUUUGAUUUACGCUGUCGGCAAAAAAGGGAACGGAAAGUCUCUCGAGAACCUGAUUCAAUUGAAGGAAGAAAUCGAUGAUGAAGUUCUGGAUGCAGAAUCGCCGACUCACAACGAUCUCUUGGUUUCUGUCGGGCUCUUUGAAAACAUCGGUGUCGUGAACAAGAUGCCUACAAUGGUUGAUUCCCACUAUACCGAAGCCAUUAAAAUUUGUCUCAGAGAAAACGAGUUCGGAAAUGCUUACACCAUCUUAUCAAUGAUGAGGGCAAAAGGAUUCAAUCCCACAACAAGCUGCAUGGAAGGCUUUGCUCUGGCGUAUGCACAGUCUGCUAUGGAUACCAUUGCAAGGGAGAAAAAACAGAAGAAAUUGAGCGAAGAAAAACAGUUGUCGGCGUGCCUUUCUUGUGCGUCYAGUGCCUACAAGAUUGUUACGGCCCUGGCGCGUCCGCGAUCGAGCACGCUGGGCAGAGUGGCACGGGCGUGUGCUGCAACCGGCCAAUGGACCUUGUGCCGUACCUUACUGCGUUCCAUCCACAAAAAUCUCUUGACCCCGGAAGAAGAUGGAUCCACUGUCACCAUCAGUCCCCGUGUCAUCCAAACAAUUCGAGGCACGCACAGCCACAUUCUUCGAGAGUGUGCAAAGCAGGGAAAUGUGCACGCGGCUCUUCACUACACGAGUGAUAUACAGGAGCUCAACAAGAAGGUUCGGGCAAGAAACCAGGUCGACAACCAAGAGGCAGCGCCGGUACCAAAGUUUGCUGCGAUUCCUUCCGACGAAGACGACAUUUUUCGCAAUCUUCGCGGCGCCACGGACUCGCUUUCUUCCAAGACCRACGUGGGCAUGCAACCAAACGAUUGGAUAUCGUUGAUACAAGCCGCUUCCAAAUCCGGACAGUGGAAGGUAUGCUUCAACACGCUGCAAUAUCUCCGUCCGUACGUAGAACGAACGAACCUGGAUCGACACGGAACCAACCACCAGAACAGCAGCUCCGGGAACGAAAAAUACAACCAGCUGUCGCAGGCCUUGUACACCGUGACCAGAUCUCUGGAAUCGCAUUCGCAAUACGCCUGGGCCUACCGCGUYAUCGAAGACUGGAUCGAAUGGAGUGGGAGACAGCCCCGGGUGGAAUCCGUGCUCUCGGCAAUUCGUGCCCUGGCGUCGAAGGGUUGCAUCGAAGAAAUCGGGAAGCUAAUGUCGGCCUGCCUGCGGGACGACCUGGCGAGGUGCUCCAUCCAGAACGCCAGAGACGACAACAACGGCGGCAUGACCUACGAAAAAAUGUUGUACGUGGGCACCGUGACCGCCYUCCACAACAACGGGCUGUACGACGACGCGGACGAGAUGUUCAUGGCGGGGAUCCAGGACGGAUACCUCCCCUUUGACUUUGUAAGAGAGCAGGACCAGUUCGUGGUCGACCUCCACGGCCUGAACGUUGCCCUCGCCCACUCGGUGGUUCGCAUCGCCAUGAGACAGCAGGCCGCAACGCUGGCCGACGAAGAGAAAUCUGCCUCCGGCGGCGGCAGCGGCGGGAACAUGAUGAUCAUUACGGGCAAGGGCCGGCACUCCGGCUUGUAUCUCCGCCCCGUGCUCCGGCCCGAGGUCCAGCGGAUGCUGCUGGAAGAAUUCUACCCGCCCCUGAACACCAUGUCCGUCCCCGGAAACAUUGGCGCGCUGACGAUUCUGGCCCAGGACAUCGAAGCCUGGCAGGAACACCAGCAGCAGCAAAAGGGCGUCCGGAUGCUCAAACURGCGGGUCUCCUGAGGAACCUCUCGUCGCAGGAACGCUUGAAGCAGAUCAUUGCCCUAAGGUUGGAGGCAUCGAAUACAAAUACUACCGAUACGGAUAGCGAUUGAAAAGCUUUCCGAGCAUGACUCUUUUCAAAUAUGGUAUUAAUUCGGUUUUUCCAAGUAAAAAAAGGACUCUACG